UUGGGUGGAGGGCGGGAUAUGGGGAUGGAGGGCACUAGGACCUAAAGUCAGAAGCUAGUUUGGGGGCAAGACACGGUGGUGAGAUCACUAGGAUCUAAGGGGCAGGACCUUGGUGAGGGGGCAGGUACUAAGCCUUAUGGGGCAAGGCCCGGGGUGGGGGGCAGGACCUCGGAGAGGGGGGCACUAGGACCUGUGGUGUGGGGCCCAGGUCCUUUGAGGGCAUUAUAACCCAUGGGCAGGACCUUGAGGGGGGUAGAUCGCUCUGUGGAGUUGGACCCUUGGGGUCACUAGGACCUACGGGCAGGACCCGGGGAGGACUCGUAGGCAGGACUUCGGGCACUGGGAAGCAGUAGGACCCAACGGCAGACACGGGAAGCUCCAGGCCUGCACUAGGACCCGCCCACACCUCACCCCGGAAGUGUCCUUUAAUUCAAUCCCCCAUCACCCCCUGCGCGCUUUACCCCGCCCUCCAUCUGACAGACUCGCCGCACAGCCAACCAGCUAUCAGUAUCGCGGCGGUGGGCGGAGAGGGAUGACCAAUGGUCGCGCGGGGAUGGGAGGCGGGCCGAGCGGGCUGACCAAUGGGCGCACGGGGCUAGGAGGAGGAGGAGGAGGCAAGAUGGCGGCGGGCCGGUGGCGGGCCGGGCUGGCGCUGCUGGCCGUGGCGCUGGGGCUGGGCGGGCCGCGGGCCGAGCAGAUGGAGGAGCACCUGAAGCGGGAGCACUCGCUGUCCAAACCGUACCAGGGAGUGGGCUCGGCCAGCGCGGGGCUGUGGGAGCUGCAGGGCAACGCCAUAGUGAUGGCGCAGUACAUCCGCCUCACGCCCGACAUGCAGAGCAAGUGGGGAGCCGUGUGGAACCGCGUGCCGUGUUACCUCCGUGACUGGGAGAUGCAGGUGCACUUCAAAAUCCACGGGCAAGGCAAGAAGAACCUGAACGGCGACGGCUUUGCCAUCUGGUACACCAAAGACCGCAUGCAGCAAGGGCCUGUCUUUGGAAGCAAGGAUAACUUCCUGGGCCUGGGAGUGUUUGUGGACACUUACCCCAACGAGGAGAAGCAGCAAGAGGCUCAGAAGAGGAGGUACAGCCCGGGAAAUCAGCGUGUUUUCCCCUACAUCUCUGCCAUGGUGAACAACGGCUCGCUCACCUACGACCACGACCGGGACGGGAGGCCCACGGAGCUGGGGGGCUGCACGGCCAUGGUGCGCAACCUCAACCACGACACCUUCCUGGUCAUCCGCUACGUCAAGAGGAGGCUGACGGUGCUGAUUGAUAUUGAUGGGAAGCAGGAGUGGAGGGAUUGCAUCGACGUGCCGGGCGUGCGCCUGCCCCGCGGGUAUUACUUUGGGACCUCCUCUGUCACCGGAGACCUCUCAGACAACCACGACAUCAUCUCGCUGAAGCUGUACCAGCUGACGGUGGAGCGGACGCCGGAGGAGGAGCGGCGGGACAAGGAGGUGUACCUGCCCGUGGUGGACAACCUCAAGCUCCCCGCAGUGGAGGCACCGCUGGAGCCCAUGAGCGGCCUGGCUCUCUUCUUAAUCGUCUUCUUCUCCCUCGUGGCCAUCGUCUUCGCCAUCGUCAUCGGUGUCAUUGUGUACAACAAGUGGCAGGAGCAGAGCCGGAAGCAUUUCUAUUGACGUGGGAUCCCCCCGGGAUGGCCCCCCCGUGGCCGCGGCGUGACGGACCGCCUCGUGGCGGGACCCCCGGUGUCCCCAGGGGCCGCGGUGGGGACGGCUGCUGUUUGACACUGGGCUCCAGGACUCCCCCAGCGCCGGAGGGGGCCCACGUUGUGCUGGGGAUGGAGCCACUGUCCCCUGUGGGCCUGCUGGGAGCCGCAGCUCGGCCUUGGGAGCUGCUGGGGGCUGGCUCGCGGGGCGGUGGCGGCACGGGGACGGCUCUGCCAUCACACGUGGCUGGAGAUCACCACUUUGGCUGUGAAGUCCAAGCCCCGCUUUCCUUGCCCGAUUCCUGCAAUGACCCCUUUGCAGCGGUUCCGUUUCCGGGAGGGCUUUGCCAGGCUGUUCCCCUGCUCAGGCUGCUUCCGUCACCCACCCCGGGCCCUCUUUAGAGACCCUCCUGCUUUUUCUUCCCACCUCCAUGCAACCCCUCCAUCCCAUCAGCCCCCAGCACUGGGUGUUCUGGGGACGCGCUGACCCUUUCCCCCACCCCGGGCAGGGUUUAACACCCCACUUUGCCUUUUCAAUCCCUGUUUGCUGCUGCCCCGGGGCUCUCCUCUGUCCCCCUCCGGCAUGCUGUGCCUCCCGUGCCCUCUGCAUGUCGUCGCUUUGCUGCCUCUGAGGGCUCCGUGCUCCCCUUGGCUGCACCUCUCGGAGCCGCAGCCCUCGCUGCCUUUCAGGGAGUCCUGGUUUAUUCCUACCUCAGUGACUGCUUCCUUCAGUGACUCCUCUCUGUGUUUCUCUCAUGGGAAGGAACAGCGCGACCACCUCGGCCCCGGGGACCCCACUGAGCUCCUGCAGGUGCUCGUGUGGAUUCAGGGGGCGAUGGCAGAGGGUCCCCCCACAGGGACAGGAGCUCGGUGCGUCCCCAACAGCUCAGUGCCUCUGCAUGGCAGCGCUCUGCUUGCGGGUGCCGUGGGGCAGCGCUAUAGGAGCUGUGGUUUUGAGCCAGGUCGGGUCUCAGUGUGUGGGGAGCGGUGCCUUGUCGGCAGGACGCUUGUACUGGGGGGGCUGGAAGUUUGUUAGAGGUGGCUGAGCAUUCGAGGGGGCUGGAAGGAAGGGCUGCUCUGGGCUGGGUUGCCUCUGUUGGUUUUGCCUGAGAGCCAGGAGUGAGACGGGUGCGCCUCUUCCCAGCACUGUAACGUGUCUCGGAAUAAAUGUCGGUGUGUGUGGAAUAAA